AUGUGGCCACCACGAUAUAUUUGGCGUCCGUAUCACCCAGAGGCAUUGCUUGAUUUAAAGCGGUUUGCCUCCUCAGUUCGUCUGCAAACGGACUUUGGUGCGGCUACACCUGUGCAGCGGCCAACCAACUCCCUUUCACCUCUUUAUGCUACGGAACCUGCAUCGAGAAAAGGGUCAUUUUCGCGGUAUCUGCGAUCUGCUUGGGAUGAAGCACCAUACAUUGCAAUGGCUGUAGCUGGUGUAGGCCUUUACGGCAUGGCGACUCUGGCGAUUCCUGCAAAAUUUGGACAACUGAUUGACCUUGCCAGUAGAGGAGAAUUGCCUCUAGGAACGUCUAUGCAGCUGUUGGGGUGGUUUGUGCUUUCAGGCGUAGGCAAUUUUACGCGUUUGGCUUGUAUUGGGUAUGCUGGGGAACGCGUCAUUGCACGUCUGCGAAGUCGUCUCUAUCGUGGACUUCUCAGCCAGCCAACCGCGUUCUUUGACUCUCCUGGAAACACCACAGGAUCUCUGGUGCAGCGCCUCUCUAUGGACUGCAAUGUCGUGGGUAGCUCCCUAACACAGGCAGUAACGCAGGGAAGCAAGAAUUUUUUUCAGACAGUGGGAAGUAUUGGUAUUAUGCUGUACUAUUCCCCAAUCCUUACAGGGGUGAUAUGUGGCAUGAUCCCUCCUUUGGCGGUGUUUGCUGGAUUUUACGGAGGCUAUGUUCGACGACUACAACAACAGAUGCAAGACGCACUUGCUGUGAAGGGGACGGUUGCCGCAGAACGAUUGGGUAACAUUCGUACCGUGAAGGCGUUUGCUCGGGAAUCUGAAGAAUUGAAAUGGUACGAAAAAAAGGUAGAGGCUGUGCUUCAGGUCAGUAAACGCAUGUUGUUUUAUAAUGCCUCGUAUACGGCUUUACUGCAGUUUGUAGGGUAUGGGGCGUUGUACUGCAUCUUGUGGGCAGGAUCCAUACUUGUGGCGUCAAACAAUUUGUCGACAGGUGUUCUUUUCUCCUUCAUCCUUUACACGGUGUACUGCGGGAUUGGGCUCAUGGGGUUGACGAACUUGGCGACGGAGAUCAACAAAGGCUAUGGUGCCAGUUUGCGCAUCUUUGAUAUCUUGGACAAGGAGGAACAGCUUCAAAAGACGCAGGAAGCGACGAAGGCGACGAUUCCUUUGCAGUGUAAGUGGAACAUCAAACUUACGGAUGUUUCGUUUGCCUACCCGACACGUCCUGAAGCACCGGUGUAUGAAAAGUUAAAUUUAGAGAUUCGGCCUUCGUGUUGCACUUGCGUGGUAAGUAGCAGUGGCUCUGGUAAAAGUACUUUGGCGCUGCUGCUCCUGAAGUUGUACAGCCCGACGCAGGGCAAUAUUACCAUUGACGAACAAGAACUCAAUAGCGUGGAUACGCGUUGGCUGCGUGGCAAAAUUGGCUAUGUGGGCCAGGAGCCUGUGCUGUUUGGUGGGUCCAUUGCACAGAAUAUCGCAUACGGUGCAGCCGACCACAACUGGGACGACCCGAUUGAUAGAUGGUUGUACUCCUCCAUUGUCGACACGGCUAUGCGGGUCAACGCACACGAUUUUAUUUCAGGUCUUCCGCAGGGCUACGACACUUUUGUCGGCGAGAGCGGCCGGUCGCUAUCUGGUGGUCAAAAGCAGCGUAUUGCCAUUGCACGUGCUUUGCUGCGGGCACCCAAUAUAUUGAUCCUUGACGAGGCAACCUCCGCUCUCGAUAGUGAGUCGGAGGUGGUGGUCCAGGAGGCCAUUAACCGCCUCAUUGAGGAUGCCAAGCGGGGCAAGGAGAAACGCACAGUUCUUAUGUUUGCGCACAAGCUGAGCAUGAUUCGCAAAGCUGAUCACAUUGUGGUGCUUGACAAGGGUAAGGUUGCGGUGCAGGGAAGUUUUGAUGAGGUUCGAACUGAUUCCUUGUUUUGCCAGCUUGUUGGGCUUCCGUCAAGCACCGUAGUUGCGGCCGACACUAUCACUGAUACAGGGGACAGAAAAUAA